AUGGCCUCCGUCGCCGGCGCCCUUCGCCGCUGGGCAUUGCGGAGGGCUCGCUCCGGCGCGACUCGGUCGAACUUGCCGUGGUCUUUCCUCUCUACCUCCACGACCGGCGCCGGCAAUGACGCCGUCUCGGAGCAGAUCGGCCAGGGCGCGAGCGGCGGAGAGAAGGCGAAGACGAGCGCUGGAUCGAUCCCGCCGCCGAUCCGCGUCUCUCUCACGGAUUCUGCGGGGAGAGGCGUGUUCGCCUCCCGAGCGAUCGGCGCGGGCGAUCUCAUCCACACCGCCAGCCCCGUAGUGGCUCACCCUCUUCCUUCGCUCCUGAGCAAAGUCUGAGUCCCCAGCAUCGUCUCGCUCUGUGUUUCUUUCCUCCAUCGCUCCUUCCCGCCGACGGAUGGCUGAAUUUCUUUCUAUGUUUCUGCUCAAUGCGUAGGUAUGUUACUACUGCCUGAGGAGGAGCAGUGGUGACACUUCCGUCCUCUCUGAUUCAAGCUGCAGCAGCGCUCGAUACUUCUGCAGUGAUGAAUGCAAAGAGAAAUCUAAGGUCUUUUUUUACUCAUCCCUUUCAUGGGUCCCGUAAAAAUCUCAUUUUUUUCUCCUUUCUGCGUCGCUUGCUUUUGAAACUGGUUAAUCGCAGUUCCUUCGACGAGAUUUUCUGUUUCUUCUUGAAAGUAUGGAAAAGCCUGUCUAUUCGUAAACCCUAAGGUAACAUCUGUAAGACUAGGAGUGGCGAAGAUGAUCAUCCUCUGCUGUGUUCAGAAUCCAUGGUCUGCAGAUCAUGCUUCUGUACUGGUCCCCAGCUGGCCAUCUGACGAUCAAUUGAUGCGUUUGAGUCGGCAUCGAUGCUAUUGUCUGCUGCCUGCAGCUAGUAGAAGCAAGAAAUGUAUCACAAGGUUUCGAAACCAAACACACUACUAACAUUACUUCAGAUAUAUGAUCCUAACUGCAAACCCACUGUGAUUUGAUCGGUAAAAGAUGCAGUGCUCCAAAAAAAAGUAUGGCACACACCAAUCUGUAAGGCAUUAGGCCUACUGCCAUCUCAUUCGUUCAAAUCAAGCUAGAGAUAAUUCCAGUUUCUCAGCUAUGAACUUUGAACACUGGUGCAUCAACGAGUUGUUCUUUCCAGUAGUCCUUGGAUGAAAAAGAUGAAGAUGUUAUGAAGAUCUUCUCCAACAUGGUCAACUACUUGCCGUGUCUCAAGGUGGCAUUGUUCUCCCUUAAUAUCAAUCUCGUGAUACGGAAUGACAAUCUUUGAACACUGCAUGCGCAUUCGAUGAUAUUAGAAACCCUUUUUUUCGUAUUGGACUGGUUCUUUGACAGUAAUGUCGGAUUGCAUUCCAUCUAUAGUAAAGGUGUCCUGGGUUUCUUAUAAGGAUUCAAAAAUUCAAUAUGGGUUCUUGAUGCUGUGGGCCCUCGAUUCGGAUUUUUAUCAUCAAAAUGGAAUUUGAUGAGAAAAUCAUUUUGAUGAUUGCCCUUUGAUUUAGAGUGCUUACUUUCAAAUUUUCAUCAACCAUCCUUGGUCAAACUUGAUAUCUAAGAUUAGGGAAUCAAGAUGAUUUUGCGGUCUGAUGUUGGUGAGUUUUAGAACCCUAAGCAAUGGGCUUCAAUCCUUUUCUUUAAGUCGAAAGGGAAUACCACUGUGUUUGUGCACUCAUCGCGCCUUCAAUGUAGAGCAGAUACUUGUAUUUUUCCACUGAUUUUUUGUAGAACGCAUUGUCACUCUGAGGUUGGAUCCGGCUAAUCUUCCAAAGAAUAUUUUUCAAUGCGAGUUAUUAUGAUCUGGAAGAGUUUCACACAGGCGAUCAGUGUACCAGCCAUGUCUAAUCACUCUUUUUGGUUCCAUGCUCUGACUUCUUCUUUUCCUAACGUCUGUAGGGUUUUCUGGAGAUUGAGAGCACAUCGAGCUGGUCAGCUUAUGAUACCCACUGCAAGUAUGUGAAGUAUCCUUUCAUAUAAUGCAAUGAUUUCAUUAUUCUAUUGUCAGCUCUUAUAGAAAUGUUAUGGUUUCAUAUUUACACCCACAACAAUGAUAUCAUGAAUAUAUAUAUCGUCUUUGUUGGGUCCACUCUUGUUGCCAAUUCAUUGAAAUUUCUAUUUUUGCCACCUUUCACUGCACAGUGCUACCAUUACAAGAUAGAGGUCAAGGUAUGACUUUGUUCGUUUUUAUCGUUUGUGGCCGGUCAGAUUUUAGAAAACCCAAUUUAAAUUUAAACCCAAGAAAUCUAGAUGGUAAUUUCUGUCAGUUCUUGACGAUUCAUAUAAUAACUUAUUUGAUUUUUUUUUUUUUUUUUUAAUUUGACUGAAGAGAACGGGGGUUGAAAUAUCCAUUUCUAGUAAAGCGGUUGGCUUGUAUGGUCGUAGCAGGAACAGUUUCUGCAGACACCCUCGAUAUCCUCCAGCCAGCCAGUCUACACCCCGACAUGCUUCCAGAGGUAGGCCCUAAUUCUAACCUAAAACCCAGAUGCUGGAGAGUCGCCUGUUCUAUAGUGAUGGUGGCUAAUGCCUGGUGCUGUAUAAAAAUCCUAGAUGGAAGCGGAAUACGAGCUACUGAAGCUCGCAUUCGUGAAGGCAGAUCCUGAGGAAGCUCUCAUCUCAUGUAUCCUCUUCUCUCUCUCUCUCUCUCUCUCUCUCUCUCUCUCUCUCUCUCUCUCUCUCUCUCUCCCCUGGGAUACAUGUUUAUGCACAGGACACGGCAUGCAUUGGCCAUCAGUUUCUCUGUCAUCUUUGACUAAAUUAGUUCUCACAAAGCAGUGGUUUCUUGGAGUGAUGGCGCGGAUCCGCAUCAACGCGUUUAGGGUUGAAACAGUUGGAGGAUCUUACGAAGAUUUGCUUGAUUUGGCAUCUUCCUCUGUCGUAGCUGACUCUGCGGUCGGCAAUGCUGUUUACAUACUUCCAUCCUUCUACAAUCACGACUGCGGUUUGACUCUUUUGCUUUGUUCUUUAUGUGUUUCCUUCGUUAUGGUUGACUUUAUUGCCUCCCUUAUCAACAUGGGUCUUUCAGGCUACUUUAUUUUUCCUCGGUCUGCUAUUGUUUUGACUCUUUUGCUUCGUUCUUUAUGUGUUUCCUUCGUUAUGGUUGACUUUAUUGCCUUCCUUAUCAACAUGGGUCUUUCAGGCUACUUUAUCUUUCUUCGGUCUACUAUUGUUUUGACUUUUUUGUUUGCUUUUAUAUAAAUAUAUAUAUAUAUAUAUAUAUAUAUAUAUAUAUAAAUCUGCUGGCAAUUUGUGGCGAUUAUCUAUUAUUGUCAUGGAACAUUUUGAUAAUAGAUAAUGAAGAUAAUGAAGAUUUCAUGCGGCUGACUGGGCUGAUCUUGCCAUUCUUCAGAUCCAAACGCCCACAUACUGUGGAUCGACAACAUGGACGCGAAGCUGAAGGUCCUCCGCGACAUUGAACCCGGUUCGUUUUCGUUUCAUUCAUUAUCUCUCUUCUACACGAUGAUGAUUUCUUCAAGCUUUUAAUUUUCAUCGAAUUAUUACUAUUAUUAGUAUUAUUAUAAAAAAAUAUUAUUAUGAUUAUUGUUGUCAUCAGGUGAGGAGCUCCGAAUCUGCUACAUCGACGCCAGCAUGGAUUGGGAGGCUCGGCAGUCUCUUCUGUAUCACGGGUUUGGCUUCCAGUGCAGGUGUUCUAGGUGCUUAUCUGGCGACUGA